AAAUGCUCUGCUCUCUUCUCUUUUCCUUGCUGUCCCCGGGGCUGGAGGAGCACAGGCCUCCCCAGGCGCGGGGCCUCAGCGUUGCUGCACUCCCAUCUCCUUCCAGGGGUUGAGGCCGGGUGGCCAGAAAUGGGAGGAGCCUCUGCUUUGGAGACAGGCGAGCACUGAGGCUGGGAGUCCCAGAGCAGGGCUUGGCAUAGGCCCUGACAGAGAGGGGUCUUGGAGAGACUCGGGGGAAGGAAGGGGCAUGCCAGGCAGGGGGCCAGACUGGAACAAGGCUUGGAGAUGGGAAGGCCGGGACGAACUUUGGGAGACAGGGUGUUGAUGGGACAGAGAGCAGUAGGUGACAGGGUUGAUCGGGAGGAUUCAAAGCUGUGUGUCGCGGGGGAGAUUUUAGGAACCUCUUUAUUUCUGCAAACCUUGGGAAGGGGACUGAUGGCCUCCCUCAGGUUCUUACUCAGAAGAAAGAUAAGUGGUCUUUUGGAGCGGGGGUGGGGGGUGCGCAAGGCCAGGGCUUCCUGCCCAAGAAGGAGAUGGGUGGGGUAACAUGGGAGCCUCAGGAGGGCCCCACGUCUUUCCUCCUCUGACAGCCUCCACCAUGAAGGCCAGGCCUUGGGCGCUGGCAUUGCCCUCUUCCCGAAUGUGUCUUGUUUUGUUUUUAAGCCCAGCGAUUGCAAGAAGGGGUGGGGAGAUGACUCUGCUUCUUGUUGAGUUUGCUGACAGCGCCCGACUUCUGGGCAAAGAGUUGCUUUGCAGGCCAAGGGAAGAGUUGCUUGGAGGCCAAGGCUUGAGCCCCCGGGGAAUUGACCAGUCCACUGACUGAAUCGCAACACCCUCUCGGUCUAGGAGGUUCUGAGACACCCACCUUGCAUGUAGAACCCCUAAACCUCGAGGCCUGGGCAGCCCAGAAAGGACAAGGACUGGUUCCAGCCAGCAAGGCCUUGGAGAUCGCAAGACCCUGCGGCCCAGUCGGAGGGGCCUUCAGGCCGGCCUAGCCCCCACUGCUCUGUCCCCUGCCUUGGUGGCCCGGGCCAGCCCAAGUGCUGAGUUGGCGGCUCAGCAGCUGCUUCUGCCCACGGAGGCCCAGUUAUAAAUAAGCCCCGUGUGGCCAAGUCAUCAAGUUCUGUCCCAGCUGCAUUACCUCAGUGACCACAGGUCGGGGCUGCCCAGUGCUGGGCCCACCAAACCUGCCCACCCAGGCCAAAAGCCAGGCCAGCCUCCCUGCCUCCUGGGGUCCUCAAACCCAGGGCCUGAGCAUCGGCAGCUACUCAGACCUGGGCCUCCUGGACUCAGGCCACAGCUGGGGCAGGGCCCAUCCCGCCUGCUUGGGGCCAGCAGCUAUUUACAAACCGAAACCGGGAGAAGUGAAGUGGUGGCGCCGUGGCUCCAGGCCCCCAGCCCCCACCCCCACUCCAUCCCCGGCAGUCCCACCCCCCUCUCCCCAUGGCUUCCUCUUUCCUUCUCCACACAACUCCCCAGCCUCCCGAGGCCUGGCCAGCUUCGUGUCGACAACCUGCAAACACCUCUUGGUGACCCCCAACCCCACAGUCACUGGCCAGAGGGUCCCCUUCUUCUUUUAUGCCCUCCCAGGACCCAGGUGGUCUGGAGUCCUGCGAGCAGCCCCUCCCUCCCGCACCCAGCUCCCCCGGGCUGCGCCAGGCACAUUCCCACACUUCUCAGUUCCCCUUGCUCUUGGAAGAGCUCCAAUGCCAAUGGCCGCCACCAUGCUGGCCGUCCGUCCUCCUGAGGCCGGCUUCUCUGGGCGCCCUUACCCUCCACAGGAACCAGGGAGCCUGGGCGCCUCAGGGACACUCUGGGCACCUGGGAUCUCAGCGGGCAUCCUUCUGGACAAGGGGACCCAGCUGCGACUCUCCUUGUGCUGAGUUUCCCGCUCACUCUCUGGGCUGGUGGGAGCACAAUCCCUCAUGCGGUGCAGAGCAGACUGGACUGGGACAGACGGACCCUGGGCCUGAGGCCACAGCACAGCCUACUUAGGAACCGGAGGGCCCUGCAGCCGGAGACUGUCCCCAGGAGAGACGACAGGCCACAUAAUCAACGCUCAUUACCCGUAACAGACAGACUCCCUCCCACUGGUGCAGAGCUUCACAGUUUACACUAGCUCGUUCCUUCUGACCCUAGAAACAAGCCUGUUCCGCUCUGCCUCCACCAUUAAGUGGAAAGCAAGGCUCAGGUGUGCAAGGCGACACAGCUAGAACAUGCCUGGAUUCAGAUUCAAGAGCAAGCCCCUUGUCUCCCUGCCUGACUGCUUGCAAUCUCUCCUACCCCAGUCUCCCUGGUGGCAGGACAGACAGCUCCCAGCGCUGUGACAAGGCAGGAGUAGGGCCGGCCUAGUCCUUGAGAGAGGAGCAGGCUCUGGACCGGCAAGGUUGUCAGAAACGGCCACCCGUGGCCAGGUUCUCUGUGCUCAGGGCUCCUGCCUGGCUCUGAGGGAAGAGCCUGUCCUGUUUCUUCUCUCCCACCAAGUCCCUGGUGAGGCAAAAGCCCUGCCCCGACCCCAGAUCAGUCAGAGCCGGCUGGCUAAAUGCGUUCCUAACCUUCCUGAGUGUCAGAGUCCUCUUCUGUGGAACUGUCAUUUCAUAAACACUGAGCACCCACUCGGUGCCAACUCUAAGCUGGGGGGCACGCUGUCUCUAAAGCUAGGACGGGGCCCCCUGGCCACCGCCCUGUGGAGAAGGCAGCUGAGUUACAGAAUUCGGAGAGCUCCCAGAAGGAAGCUGGGGCCUUGGGACAUGAAAAGGGAGAGAUGUCGCUUCCUGGGGUGGGAAGGGGUAGCACUUGGGAUGGGCCCCGAAGGACAGGAAAGAGUUCCCCAGAAAAAGCAUGGGGGACAGACUCUCAUGCUGAGUCACACCCCUAUGCUUUGGUGCCAACAGUUCCCACGGCCUGAGUGCCCUUCCUUCCUCUGGGCCUGGUGAACUCCUACCCAUCCCUCAGAGCCCAUGGGCACUCCAUAGAAUGGCCAGGCUUGGCCUGGUCUGGAGGCUCCUCGCCACCCUUUUCCCACCCAGGGCCUAAGUAGAGCCUGAGGCCAGGAGUCUUUGGUCACAACACCCUCGCCAGCCCCACCCGGCCAGGCGUCUGCUCCCGGGCUCCAGCCCCCGCCAUCCCCUGCUCCGAAAAGCACCAUUUCCCUUUUCUGGGUGACCACACGCCAUGCACAGGGAAUUUCCAUCGCAGCCUGCGGAGCCUCUGAUUCACUCAGGCCCCUCAUGCAGUUAACUCCUUCCAGGCCCCGUGCCUUCUGCUCUGCACCCUGGGUUGUCCACACCCCCACCUGAGACCCCUGGACAUCCUUAAACCGGCCUUGGGUCUCACAGCUCUGAAGUCCAAGUUGCCCCCCACCACUACACCCCCCAGGAGCCUCCCAUCAUAUGCAUAGAGACCCCUUCCCAAGGGCUCAUGGCAUAUACACUGGGUAGCUUUGGGCUGAGAGCGCGGGCUUUGGGGUGAGACAAGCCUGGGUCCAAUCCAGAGUCUGGCCUUCUGCCCUGUGACCUGGAAGAGUGUCCACUCUGAGCCCCAUUUCUCCUCUGUGAAAUGGAGAUCGUCCCCGUCCUAUAGCCUUGCUGUAAAGAUCCAGUGUGCUGGGCCCACGAUGGCUGCUGUAUAAUUAUUACCUUUCCUUUUUCUUUUCAAAAGGCCCCCUCCCCCAUCACAGGGUCCCUGCUCCAGACCUGGGCUGCUUUUCUGUCUGGCUUUCUCUUCCCAGGAGCUGGUUGCUCACUCAGGGAGGGUGAGAGCCAAGUGUCUUGGGGCAGAGGAGGGAGAGGCAUGGCUAUCUUGGGGCUUAGCCCCAUCGGCUUCCUCGUUCCCCAGGUCCCCACAUUUCUGUUUUCCCAAGGAGGCUGUGGAGGAGCUCUGCUGGGAACCCGAGCCCUCAGGGACAGGGCUGAGCCUUCCUCCCGCUGGAGGGACACCGGGCAUGCACAGGGCCCGUGAACAUCAUACUUUCUAUCCGAAUUCUCACACCCCUGUGAGGUGUGGCCAAACAUUGUCCCCAUUUUACAGGUGGGGACACUGAGGCCCUGAGAAGUGACUUGCUCUCCGCCACACAGAGAAUGAAGGGCAGGGACAGAAUUCCUAUCGAGGUCUCCAGAACCACACUCCUAAGUGUGUGUGGAGGCCAGUGAGGGGAAUGGGAGCUGAAUGAACCCUUCUGUGUAUCAGGUAAAGACUGACACAAAUUCUCUCUUUCAGUGCUUUGGCCAGUUCUGGGAAGUGGGUCCUGUUGCUCCCUCUAUAGAACUGAGUUGUCGGAGCUUCCCUCUGGGGAAGGAACUUGCGCAGAGGCCACAGAGCCAACCCUGAAGAAGGAUCCGGGGGUACCUAGAUAGAAGAGGACCGUGGAAGGGAAUCCACUGAGGAGGGGGUCCGCGCCUGGAGGGGAAGCCGUGCCGUCCUCAGUGAGCGAGCAGGGCAGGGGUGUGGGGGGGGGCGGCCCGUGGUGAGCAGAAGGAAGUCGCUGUGGGUGGCGGUGGGUUUGAGGUGCCGGAGGCUGAGUGAUGUGGCCAGGAGGUGAGCUCCCGGUCUGCAGCCCUGGUCAGCAGGAGACGGGGUGAGGAGAGGUGGCCGAGAUUCAGGCCUCGGAAGAGGUUGGGCUACUCUGGAGAGCUGUGCCUCUUGGCUGCCGGGGCUGGGGAGCUGGCCCAGUAGUGGGGCACUGCACAGGGUGAGAGGAGAGACUGGCGGGGGUGGAGGUGGGGGUGAGGGUGGGGAGAGACGGAGGUAAACGGGAAGGGUGUGUCUCGGGGGGCACAGGAGAGACUGAGGAGGAGGAGAGCCCGUGAGAGUCCGAGGCCUUAGGGUGUGGAAGGGGUGGGCCCGUGAGCAAGGUCUGGGAGAUUGAGAAAGAGGUUCUGGGAAUGUUGAGUCGUGUCUUCUGGCUGGAGGUGGGGGUGGGGCUGGCCCACGUGGGUGGGGGAGGGUGGAAAAUCAGGCGGACCCUGGGUGCUAGGGGCUCCCGCAAAGGCCUCAGAGCUUUGUCUUGCAGCCUGUGGACAAGCGAGAAUUAAGGAUGAUUUUUAAGUAGGGAAAUACCCAGGGGAGAAACUUGAGGUAGGGACAGUGGCCCGAGGCCACUGCAGUCACCUCCCACCCACUCACCAGUUGUGUGUCCUUGGGUGCACCCCCAGCCACCUGAGCCUCGUUUCCCCGGUCUGUGCAGUAGCCCCGGGAAGAAAUGCCUGCCUCACAGGACCAAGUGAGGGUGGGCGGAGUGAACGCCAGGAGACCCCAGGGGCUCAACCCAGGCCGGCUCUUUCCCCUCUGUGGGGGCCCACGAGCACCUCCUGAGCGCCUGCUGUGGGUUGGGGCUGGGGUCUCGGGCAGCCCUGGGGGGAGGCCUCGCCUGUGCCACAGGGGGGCUGAGGCAGGACGUCUGGGGCAAAGGCCACUUCGGGGCCUCACUGUCUUCAUCUGCACCCGAGGGAAGAUAAUGGCACCAGCUUCAGAUGCGAAUCAGAGAGAAGAUAUCCUGCCUGCCAUGUCCCCUGGGUCUCACUCAGUCCGAAUGGAAUGUCCUCAGGGUUUUCCUUCGGGCCCCACCUGCCCCGGCCGCCAGCCUCUCCCCUCCCCUUCCACCAGUGCCCUGCUGUUCCCCGGCUCACACUUUGUGCAGCCCAGGGUCCCUGCCUGGAGCUCUUCGCCCAGGUGUCUGCUUAGCUCGCUGCCUCGCUCCCUUCCAGAGUUUCUUCAAAUAGCCCCUUGUCUGCGAGUGGCCCGCCCACCCUCCUCCUCAGCAGGCCCGUCACUCUUCCUGAAGGGCUCGCCCCUGCCAGCCUGCAAGGAAACACUCCUAAGUACGAGCUCAUCCCUGUCUUUCCUGCUCAAGAACAGGCCCAGUGAGGCCAGGGGUCUUGCCAGAGGUCCUCGUGCACUCAAGAGCCGGCCCAGUGCUCUGCCCAGAGCUGCGGAGCUCACAGCGACCCAAGCAACGCAGGCUGCGGCCCAAGGAGCCUCUCCCAGUGUCUCAACUGUGAGAGGAAGUUGCAAGACGGCCAUUUCUGUACACAGGCUCAGCUCUUUUUGGUCAACUUUCCCAGCUCUGGGUCUGAGGCCCGAGUUUUCCCACACCUCUGUCACUCCCCGUGAGGGGCCGGUUGCUGGGAAAGUGGGGGGUGGGGUGGGGGUAUGUGUGUGUCAGUCCCUUCUUUUCGAGUUCUCUGAGGCAGAGGUUAAGGGGUCUGCGAGGUCAGGGGUCAUGUCUCCCUCUGUGGACUCAGCUUCUAGGACUCAGCCCCCACGUUUCCUGUUGCCUGCUCACCCUGAGAUUGCACUAGCACCAUGCCUACCCCCUCGGCAGCCCGCCCAGCCCAGUGAGGCCACAGGGCUGCCUGGCCGUCCACCGCCCAGGCCUGCCUGGCCACUCUGUCCCUCCACAGAGCUGCCCACUCGUCCAGCGGCGUGGGGAACAGCAAUGUCAUAUGCUGCUGGUGGGAAGAGGGUAGGUUGGUACAAUUUUGAUUAGGACGAUACAACAAUAUGUCUAUCUAUCUCAAGACUUAAAAUACGGUACCACUAAAACUAGUAUAAUAGUAUGUGUCGGCUAUAACUCAGUAAAAA